UGACAGCACCCUGCAGGUCUCUGAUUGGCCAAGGGCCCCUACUUAACCCCAGGAGUAAGCCCAGGAAGUUGUUUGAGCAACCGCACAGCUUGUGGCCUGCUGGACUUUGCUUCAUCUCCUGACCUUUGGUCUCUAGCUCCAGCCUGACUUGACCCUAAUUCUCCCCCCUGGAUUCUAACCUGGUAGCCGGUCUCACCCUGACUCUUGUUUCUGGGACCUGGCCUUGCAAUUCUUCCACCUCUGCCCUGGUGACUCCCGUCUCUGGUGGGGAAACCUCAGCCCAGCUGUGACCACUAGGCCAGACCGACUACACCCCGAUCCCUUACACCAUCCUUAUACGUACUCACGUUUCUAUGCUCUGCUCUGUCUGUCACACUCUCUUUGUAUCUUUAUAUAUCUAACUCUCAAAUUGUCCCUGUCUCUGUACGUAUCUAAUCUCUCACUCUCUUUUCAUAUCUGUCUAUCACAGUGUUGUCACACCAAUCUGAUCACUGCUGUUCUCUUCCUGUCUGUCUAUAUCAGGCUUCCGUUAUCUCUCAUUUAUUGCACCCUCCAUGUUAUUCAUUUAUGCUUCUUUGUGUCUUCAUCUCACAUUCUCUUCAUAUCGAUCUAUAUCCACAUCCCUGUAGGAUCAGUCCGUCCUUUUCACUUACUCUCUUUCAGGUUUCACUAUUCCGCCCAGUAUAGGUUUGUUUUGUUUCUUUUAAGUAAAAGUUUUUUUUUCUUUUAAUUGUACAUGCAAAGUAGCUGGAACAGCACGAAAGAGCAAAUGGAACAUGUGUGUGGAGCUGUGGAUUGCACGGAAACGAGGUCCCAAGAGAAGCAGACACUGGGUGAAGCAGGAAUUUCCCACACAUCAUGGCUCGUGCAUGACACAAACACACACACACACGCACCUUGGAUCAUCCCCAGAGAGCCAGGACUGGGCGCAUCAGGUGAAGCACAGCUGGUAGCUCAGACUCGUUGGGUCGAGAGGACCCAAGUCCCUCCGGAAUCUGUCUCCUAAGCUGAGGCAGCGCACCUCCAGGACCCGAGGGGUUGAGAGAUUCCUGCAAGCUCAAUCUGCAGGAGCCAAACUCCGCACAGAAUCUGGGGUUCCUAUUUGUUGGCCCAAAGGGCCCUUCAGGAUGUUCGUUAUUGCCACAGAAUUGAUGCUCAGCAUCUGGUACCGCUUUGCCCCGCAGUCCUGGAUCCAGAAAGUGGAAGGGUGGAAGGGGCCAGAGCAGCUGACUGUUGGGAAUCUAAAGAAAGCUCAGGGCCGACUGGAGUCCCGGGGACUGAUGAACCCAGAGCUGAGAAGGUGCUUUGAGCUGGCCCUAGCGGAGUUUCUCCGGGAGCCCCUGUGUGUGCAGAACAAUGCCCAGUUAGUCAUUGAGCUGGAGGGGCAGCGGCUGGUGUUCGUCUGUGGAUCAGCCAGGUGUGAGAUCACAGUGUCUCACACCAGUAGGGAACCCCACUACCAUGUGCAAGAGCCCACAGGAGAUAUAUACCUGGCCAGGUUAAAGUCCCGUCCCCAGAAGCUGAGCACCAAGUCCCUGCAGGGUGUGCGGGAUGCGCUGGAGAAGUGGGGGUUGCUGGAUGAGGAGCUGGGAGCCGGCUUUGAGCGGGCCCUGGCGGAGUUCCCCCGGGAGCCCCGGUGUGUGCAGCGCAACGCCCGGAUGGUGAUCCGGCAUGACUGCACCGAGCUGGUGUUUGUGUCGGGCCAGGGGGAAUGUGAGAUCACGGUGUCCGAAGGUGAGAGGGAGCCCUGCUACGAGGUGAAGGAGCCCACGGUGACGGUGUAUCAGGAGAGGUUACGCUCCUGCCCACAAAGGCUGAGCGCGGGGAACCUGGAGAGAAUUCGCAACAGGCUGGAGUCCUGGGGGGUGAUGACCAAGGAGCUGAGACGCUGCUUCAAUCUGCUGCUGAGGAAAUUCCCCCAAGAGCCGGAGUGCAUCCGGGACAACCCCAGGAUGUGCGUCGCCUGGGACGAGACGAAGCUGCAACUGGUCUCUGAAGAUGGGGACUGCGAGGUCUCCGUGACCUGCUGUGACGGGAAACCCAGCUACGAGGUGAAGGUGAAGAGCUGGGAGAUGUAUCAGGAGAGGAUGCGUCGCUCUGAACAGCCGCUGAGCAUUGAGAGCCUGCAGAGCGUGCAGAGAGAGGUGCGGGGUCUGUCAGGGGCUCCCAAGAAGGUCAAGGAGGCCUUGAACGUGGCCGUUAGGGGUUUCUCCGCUGAGCCGAGCUGCCUGCAGGAGAACGCCCGGCUGGUCAUUGAGUGCGACAGGGGCGAGAUGGUCUUUGUCUCUGGGAAAGGGGAGAAUAAAGUGGACAUGUGCAUCAUCGAUGGGAAGUCUGUAGUGAACUAUGAAUGGCUCAAUGGAGAAUUACCUUACGCUGAUGAAUGCAAUCACCUUUGUAUACAUAGGCAAUAGGAGGUUUUACUGCAAAGCCGCAAUGUAUAUUACCUAUUCUUCACCCAAGGAAUAGCUGCUGUCAAGAGACUAUCCAUAGCCUGCCAGAGAUUUAUAAAAGAACUUGGCCCCAUCCUGACAUCUCAGAUCUGCUUAAACUUGGUCAGGGAAAGCUUGAGUCGCAAGACUGAGGUGUCCAGCUCCAGUCUGGAUCACUCUGCUGCUGCUCAUGGAAGAAUUUGAACAAACUCUCUAUAGGGACUGUCUAAUUGGAUUAUAACCCAAUGAACUGAUUCUGGGAAGAACUUUUUUGCAAGCUAGCACCCCACCAUCUCUACUAUGAACCUGCCCUAAGAACGCUAGUCAUAUCUGUAGGUAUAACAAUCUUUUAACCACA